AAAGUUAGGUUACGUUUUCCUUACGAAAAAAGAAUUGAUUUCUCUUUCAUAUAAACAAUUUUAAUUUCCUUCUCUUCUUUCGAUUAAAAAAUAAAAAUUCAACUGUAAAACAAACAGCGCAUUAAGGAAGAUUUAAAAAAAAAAAAAAACAUUGCAAAAGCUGUGUCGAUGAUAUUCAAAUAUGGCGGAAGGAGUUGUGUCGUCACUACAGUGCUGCCAGUCCGGAAGUAUAACGCGGUGACGCUAUAACUUGGCAGCUAGCUCCCUCCAAAAGUGCGCGUGCAUUGGCAACAUUGUUUUUUGGUAGUUUACAAAUAAAAUGGCCGAUAUGUGAAGCAUAUAUUUUGUAUGAAGAAAUAAAAUAUGCGAUUGCAGAAAAUUAAUGACCAUCGGCCACUCGCGUCAGUGAUUUAAAGUUAAAGCGACAAAGUGAAAAAACCAGUGAUAAUAACGUCGAGUGUUGGUGAGACUGUGGGAGUGCCGUGGGAAGAAGGUGGAGGUUGUCUUUUUAGAGAAACCGUGGACGCCGCGGGCCUCAAGACGAGACACGAAACGAGACAAAAAAAAAUUGCCUAGGGGCCCACGAUAACGAAUAAUUCAUAUGAAUCAAACCGGCGUGCAAUCAAUUUCAAUAGAUGAGACCUUUUGUUACAAGAGACUCAAAAUAAGUUCUUUGUAACAAUUUUUUGAGAAGCUCUUCUGCUAUUACAACUACUGCUGCCAAUUGCCGCCGCUAAAACUCCUACCUUUUUUCCUCGUCGCUCAACACACGCUUGGAUCUUCCUUUGCAAUAAUUUUCCACCCCCUUCUCUCUUUACCUCGUGCCAGACAUUUUUCAUUAUCCAUUUGUUAUUUAUUUUAGUGAUUUCAUCUGCUCCACUAACAUAAAAUUAGUUGCACGAGGUAUUUGCGACUUGUUAUUUGGAAAUAAGCAGGGAUUGCCUUUGAUUUUCCACGCCACGCUCAUUCGGGCGGAACUUUCAACCCUCACGCCAUCCGGGCAGAUAUGAUACCGAUAGUGAAACCCCAUCGCCGAGAUACUGGAGUGUGACGGGUAUCUUUAUUUGGAGCCACUCAAGAUAUUUCCCGCCGACCAAUUUGUCGUUGUGGAGCGAGUCGGCGUGGACAAUGAAUUGACAACAGUACUAGUCAACCAAUGUUGAUCAUUAGACGCUAAAUAUCGACUGAUUAAGGAGAAAAAUUAGACUUCAGAUUUUGUAGGCAUAAAUUCACUAAAAUGCAAGAGACGGAGGGGCCCACUUCAACAGCGGCUAGUCAAACUAAUAGUUCGAUUACACCGCUGACGAAUAUGUGUACCACUCCUGGUAAUGCUGGCACUGGAUUCGGUUAUGCAUGGUCAUUCGGUGGACCCGGCACUGAGACACGUGAAAGCAGCCAAAAUGAUCUCACGACGAAUAUCAGCUAUGCGGUUAACAAUAAUCAGGAUCAGGGUUCAAGUCAAAAAAUCCAAGUGGACAUAAAACCACCAAAGGUUGCCAAUAACGCUCAUCGUCGUACAAUGUUCACAAUGAAUGAGAAUUGUCAACAAACCCCAACGACUCAUCAUGGUCACACAGGAGCACAUAAUCAAACAACACACGUUACACACGUGCGAACCAAAAAGCAUCACGAUGUAUUUUCAUUGACAUGCGAUAAAGGCGGUUGUAAUUGUGAUGCUGCACAUCCAACCACUCAACCUUCAUUAUUUCCAAAUACACUAGUUUUUACAACAACCGAUAAGCAUGCAAUGAGUAAACAUUUUAUGACACCAAUUGGUCCGCUGCAACUCACCGCGGAAGAGUGCAAUGAUAUUCUAAUGAAGAGGGCUGCAGCCGCCUCAAAUCAACCGAAUCCCAAUAAUGUUGCAGCUAGUCAAACCGAUAAUACAACACAUUUUGGCCAUGUUCUCACACACGUGAAUACAACACAAAUUGAAACCAAGGUGAAGACGCAACAAGAUAUGGGCAGUCAGGUACGUGUACCAAAAGAAAGACCCUAUUCAUGUUCCGAGUGCGGUAAAUCAUUUUUACUGAAACAUCAUUUAACAACACACGCGAGAGUUCAUACUGGCGAACGUCCUCAUAUUUGUGUCCAUUGUGGCAAAAGUUUCGCGCACAAACAUUGUCUUCAUACUCAUCUUCUUUUACAUAGUGCAGAGAGACCAUAUCAGUGUCGUGAAUGUAAAAAAUCUUUUACAUUGAAACAUCAUUUAGUGACACACACUCGGGUACAUACGCGUGAACGGCCGUUCGUUUGUCAAGAGUGUGGACGUGCAUUUCCAUUGAAACGUCAUCUAGUGACACAUAGUAAAUUCCAUUCAGGCGAACGACCAUUUGUUUGUGAGGAGUGUGGCGAAUCAUUCUCGCAAAAAGAUCAUUUAACAAUGCACUCGCGCUUCCAUGGGAGUUUACAUCCAUUUGUUUGUCAUGAUUGUGGAGCAACAUUUCAGAGGAAAUUUGAAUUGGUCAAUCAUGGACGAUUACAUGGACGUGUACCACAUUCUUGUAAUGUUUGUGGUAAGGAAUUUUUACAAAAGAGAACAUUGCUGGCACAUAUGCGAUUGCACACGGGAGAAACGCCUUUUGCCUGCACUGUUUGUGGUGAAGCAUUCCCAAGGAAGGCAGACCUAGUCGCGCAUUCGAAAAUUCAUAAUAAUAAUACUGAUGUUGAUGAAAAAGCACUCACUUGCAGGGAAUGCGGUUUGGGAUUUCAGAAUCGAGAGGCACUUACGUUGCAUUUAAGGUUACAUUCAGGUGAUCGGACAUUGGUAACAGAUCUCUGUGGUUUAGCAGCUGCCUUCCAACAAUCUCCAGGACACUUCCUUACUCCAAAUACAUCUGCAACUCAUCAGAUAAAUGGACCGAUUGGGACACCAAGUGUGAGUCAUAUGCAUGGUGCGACGCAAACAUCACCACCAUCAGGCUCUGGACCAAAACCAAAGCCCCACGUGUGUCCCGAUUGUGGUCGUGGUUUUGCCCAAAAACAUGGUCUUUCACAACAUCAACGACGUCAUUCGGACGGCAGUUGUCAUAUAAGGUCACAUGUUUGUGACAAAUGUGGGAAAGCCUUCUUUCAAAAAAAUCAUUUAUUACUACAUCAACGUCAACAUAUGGACCCACCACCAAGUAUACUACGUCAACAGCAGCGACAAGCUGCUCAGGCUGCCGCACAAGCCCAACAAAAUCAACAACAGGCGCAGCAAGUUCAACAACAAAAUCAACAACAACAAACGUGUACUGUUGACACAAAAUCUAUUCAAUUACAAGCCAUACAACAACAAGUGCAACAGCAAGUUCAACAACAGGUUCAACAACAAGUUCAACAGCAACAACAACAGCAGCAGCAGCAGCAACAACAGCAACAGGCUUGUGCGGUAGACACGAAAGCAAUUCAAUUGAACGUCACCAUGUGAGACGAUAUCGAAAAUCGGGAUUGGAAUAUCCCAAAUUCAGUAGCACUCGAAAAUGCGCACUCUGCUGCCACCCUCUGCACGCACUUCUCUUGUACUAACAUUACACAAUAGGUAUAUUUAUUAUCUCUAGAAAGCAAGUACGAAGUAAUCAAUUUUAUUACAAGAGUAUAUAUAUACAAAGUAUACAUAUUAUAUUCUAAUAAUGUAAGGCUUGUAACAAGAAAAAAAAAUAAAAAUAACCAUAUAUUAGUGUUUUACAAUAUACUUUAUAGUAUAUAUCAUUUAAUUAUAUAGAAAUGUAAAAUGAACUACUAAACAGAUUAGUUGCCUUAUCGAGAAGAAUUUUUAAAGAUUAUUUUAACUAUUGUUUGGUGAAACCUCUUUUUUUAAUUUACUUUUAAUGAUUGUAGGAUAUCAAGUUUAUAAGGUAAAAAAAAAAAUCAAUGAUAAUAUUGAAAUAAAAGAGGAAAAGAAAAUAAAGCAGCCAGUUCUGUAUUAUUGGAAUAGUUGCAUUUUUGUCGUCCUUCGCGUUGCGUAUCGGUUCUGUGUGUGAAUUUAGAAUGUAUUGACCGUGUGAAUGAUUUGGAAGGAAACAAACAAUGAGAAGUGGGAUUAAACAGAGGGUGGCAGAUACUGUGCACUUUUUUCUAAGAGGUAUCUUGAAACGUAAGGCCUGUUUUUGUUCUUUUUUUUGAAGAAAAAAAAAGAAAAAACGUUUCAUUGUUACGAUUAUAAAUCGUAUACAAAAAAAAUGCAACGGGUCGUCCCAGUGAUUCUUAUUGUUUUGUUUUUUAAUUUUUUCAUCGUGUUCCUUAUUCGCUUUGCAGUUUUUUCUUCGACGAGCUUGAAUGAAGAUUUUUUAAAAAUAAACGAUAUAUUAUAAAAAUUAAACAGUAAACAAAAAAGUAAAAAAUCUAUAUCCCUGCGAUUUUACAUAAAUGCACAAUUGUGUGUAUAUAUUUGUUUUUCAUUUCAAAUUUAUCAUCACAUUUUUAUUUUGUCAUUGUCAAAAGAAAAGAAAACUUAGGCAUUUGAAUGUAUUUCAAAUAAUUUGGUUUUUUUUUUAUUUUUUUCAUUAAAGAAAUCUUCGCUUUUGCUCUGAAGUGAAUUAUGUUUGUAAAAUUUUCUUACAUUUCCGCGUGACUUGAAAUAGUCUUGGAUAAAAAGGAUGAAAAAAUUUCUCUUUUUAAACGGCAAUUUGAAUAGAUUAUGUACAUUUCAAAGAGAAUAGUCACUCAAGUUAUUUCAAUAGAGUGAGAAGAUUUUUUAAUAAUUUUGUAUUAUACAUAGAGAAAAUUUAUUAUGUGGCGCAAAAAAAAGAAAAAUUUUUAUUGUGAAUUUUUGUACAAUGUAUCGUUGACAUUUUACCGAUAUAAUUUAUAUCGUUAAUUAUUAAUGAUUAUUACAAUUAAUUAAUAAUUUAUGGUAUAAUGUCAAAUUUAUAUUGUAUAAUGAUAAAUAAUAAUUAUAAUGAUAAGAAAUAAUAUUAAAAAUAAUGAAACAAAAAUAAUUAACAACAAAUGAGAAUAAAGAUUUUCUUGAAACAGCUGCAAAAUUUUAUUAUGAAUGACAGUUGCGCUACUUUUGAGAAAUAUUUUGUUGUUUCAGGAUAAAUCUUUAUUUUCGUCUAUUCAGAUAAAUGAAAACAUUGGAUAUUUACUGGCCAAUAUUUACUGUAUUUGUAAAUAUAGUGAAAAAAAAUGGAUUAGGAGUUCUUUUUACUUUAUUUUUUUUUCCAAGAGUAUACGGAUUCUUUUUUCAAACUGACAACGUCCGUUAUUUAUUUGUAUUUUAUUUUUCUACAAAGUUAAAACGCUGAUCGUUUUCAUAUUAUAUAUAUCAUGUAAAUGAGAGUCAAUCGAUGGUCAAUGUGCCAUUAAUAAUUAUCUUUAUCUUAAUAUUAAUAUAUUAGUCGUAAUCUUGAAUCUUUUUCAAUGUGUUAGAAUCAAAUAGAAUAAUUGUAAAGAUUUUUCUGUUUUUUUUUUUUCUUUUUGAAAAUAAUUUCUAUUUUACAAAAGAAAAAAAGAAAAUUUAUCAUUAUUCUAAUUUGAUUCUAAAUAAUAAAAAAAUAGGGGCCAUAUAUAUUUAUCAAAAUAAUUUGAAUUUUAUAUUCUUGUUUUAUUGGAAUUUUCUUUUUUUGAGUCUACGUAAUUUCGUUGAUUUUCUUUUUAUCCAAGCCUAUCGAAUUUUAGCCAUUGACCUUGACUUAUUAGUUGUACAUUUUUUUUUUUAAUAAAUAAAGAACGGGUGUAUGAAUACGAGAAUCCUUUUUUACGUAUUCUACAAGUGCGUAGUAAGUAUAUAUAUAUAUUAUAUACAUAUAUGCAAAUCUCUGGCGCUGUGCUUGUACAAAAAGGCGUGAGAUUCAUCAAGACGAUCAAUCGAUAGUAUGACAUAGCGUUAUUCUGUUGUAUUUCAUUUAUCUGAUAAAUAAAUAAAGUUUGUUUCUUAA